AUGUCGCAUCAACUUGACCCGGUCGCUGAGCUCGAAACCUUAAAAACUCAUGUUCAUCAACCAGGAAGCCCUAGCUUCUCAACACUUGGCCAGCGUCACCAAUCUGGUGAAGCUUCAAAGUUGUCGCCUACUGGCUCACCAAGAAAGGAAAAUGAGCAUCAUGGAGAACAUUCCCACCAUAAGAAAUCUUUGUUCUCCAAAAUGAAGGAUAAGGCCAAAAAGCUGCAGCACAGUCUCAGCGGCAAGAGGAGACAUGAUGAAGAAGGUGAUCAUGCAACCAUGUCGCCACCAUUUGGUAGAUCCGCAGAAGCAGGAGGUUAUGCAACACAUUCACCACGUGACAAAUUUAAAGACCAUAAAAUAAGAGAAGAGAGAGAGUUAGAAGAAGAAGAUCCUGAAUAUCUUGGAGCCCCAAUGUAUGAAUCAAAGAAGGCACCUGAAGAGCUAAAGGCAACUGCAAGACAGCAUCCUCGUGAAACUCCUGUGAUCACUGAGACGAAUGUCUUGUCUGUUCUCCCAGCCAAACAACAAAAAGAUUGUACUGGUUCCAACACAGAAAACCUAAUAAACAAAGAACCUAUAAGUCCAAGCAAGACGGUAACAGAAACCGUAACAGAGACGCUAGCACCUGCUUAUGCUAAAGUCUCUGACGUUACUCACGCUAUAACUAAGAAGAUUCAAGAUAUGGCUUUCCCGGAAUCAACACAAACAGAGAUAAAUGAUGUUUCAGAAAUCAACACUGCAAGAACUAACCAGCCUGCUGGCUUCAACACUAAGGUAUGGGACAAAGGCGUGUCAAUGAAAGAAUACAUAAGCCAGACGUUUACGCCUGGUGAAGAUGAUAGAGAACUUUCUCGAGUGAUAUCUAAAGCUAUCAGCCCUCGCAAAGCUUCUUCUGAGGCUGCAACAUUUAAUAGUGCCACAAACUCAAACUCAUUAAACAACAGUGCUCCCCUUUUAGCCAACACAAAUGAAAUUGUUAAGGAAGAAAACCAUGGGAGGGUGCUUCAACCAAACUAA